AUGCCCUCCGUGACAGGCACAAUUUCCGGUUCCUUUAACAGCUUCGAAGGCCGUUGGAUUGUGGACGGCCACCUAGCUGAAUUCCACGGUAAUAUCAACCCAAGUGUUGAAAGAUGGGAUUCCAACGCUACACUCGAAUAUGACGAAAUCGAUGACCUUGCUGGCGCCUCCGUGGUCGGCCCCGCGGGGCUACCGUCAUAUGUUGGCGCUGAUAGCACUAGCCUCACAUUGAUCGGCCAGGGCGGCAAGCAAGUCAAGAUCACUGGUAAUCUCACCAUUCCCAUCUCCCAGAGAAUCACCAUCUCCGGCCAAGGAGUCUGGACUGUCAGAUAG